AUGGCAAUAAGUACGAGCGCAUGCACUCGCAUGCGACGUCUAAAACGAGGGAUAAUUCCCCCUCAACAUGACUCGUGCGCCAGCCUUCGCCGCUGGAGACCCAACCGCCCCAUUGCGUUCUCGCAGCCUGGACUAAACCUACAUGCUGCCUGCAUUGCCUCGGCGCCUCAGAAUCUGCCAGUGCCAACCUCAUUGGUGGCUAGUAAGGACGGUCUCCUGUCUCAACAAUGGAAAUCACCAAUUUGCAUCUGGAACUCAACUCCAAGCCUUCACGGCGGUCCUCGCAGGUUCCUCAGUACACGCGGUUCAGCAUUAGCCGAUGUUCCAUCAGAGACCAGUCAACAUGAACAAAGUUUGCCAGAAGAUAUGCAAGGCUCCUCUUGUACAAUCAAGCCUGAAAAUAAUCAGCCAGGCAUGGUGAAUAAGGACAAGGAACAGCUCAAGUAUUUUACUACCCUCCUACACCGAGGUGUGUUCACGCUCAAAGAACAGUAUGAAGGCACCGGACACAACCCGGUAACUUGCACAUUGUCCAUCUCUGUGCCGGGAAUGGAGGGCACCUUAUCAGCCCAAGCAGAAGGCCAUGGCAAGGUGUGUUUGGCUUCCAUUCCAUACCCAUAG